UAGGUCGCCGCCCUCCUCGCGAGGCCGGUAACGUAAGUUAGGGCCACUAAAAAAAAAAAAAAAAAAAAAAAAAAAGCGUUGUUUUUGUUUCUGUUGCUGGGGCACUGCAAGAUUAAUUAGCACUGCAUUAUGCUUUAGGCAAGGCUUUAGGGCCCUGCACUGCAUCAACAAAUUUGAAGUGGAUUGUUUCAAUUUCUUCUUGCACGAACGUAGCGAUGCGCGGCGGCGGCGGCGGCGGCUGGGCCGUGCUGGUCGUGCUGGCGGGCGUGGCGGCCGUGACCGCCGUGGAGUACACCAACCAAUUCGCCGUGGUGGUGGCCGGCGGUCGGGAGCGCGCCGCACGAGCCGCCGCCAAACACGGCUGCUCCCUGGUCGACUCGAUCGGCGACCUGACGGACCACUACCUGUUUGAGUGUCACACGGUGCACAAACGCUCCACACAGCACUCCCAGCACCACACCGACCGGCUCCGGGAGACAGACGAGAUACUAUGGGCGGACCAGCAAUACUACAAAACGCGCCGGAAGCGGGACGGCGCCGGUGACGGCGGUGGGCUGACUGAGGAGCUGCUGAACGAGAUCUCAGACUCGGGGCCCUCGGCGGCCGGGCCGCUGCGGCGCGCCACCCUGAAGGAGGAUCCUCCGCCGGCCAAUCAGGAGCCGCCGCCUCAGACGGAGUUCCGGCGCAGCACGGCGGCCGACUACUGGCCCGACCCGCUGUUCAAGGAGCAGUGGUACCUGAACGGCGGCGCCCGGGACGGCAGCGACAUGAACGUGCUGCCCGCCUGGCAGCAGGGCUACCGCGGCCAGGGCGUGGUCGUCUCCAUCCUGGACGACGGCAUCCAGCCCAACCACCCGGACCUGGCCGCAAACUACGACGGCAGGGCGUCCCUCGACAUCAACGACGACGACGACGACCCGACACCGCGCGACGAUGGCUUCAACCGGCACGGCACGCGCUGCGCCGGCGAAGUGGCCGCCAUCGCCGGCAACCAGUACUGCGGCGUCGGAGUGGCACCCAACGCCAGCAUCGGAGGAGUGCGCAUGCUGGACGGCGGGGUGAACGACUACGUGGAGGCCAAGGCGCUCAGCUACCGCAGGAACUACAUCGACGUCUACAGCGCCAGCUGGGGUCCCGAGGACGACGGCAAGACGGUGGACGGGCCCGGCCCGCUGGCGCGCCGCGCCUUCAUCGAGGGCGUGCUGAAGGGCCGCGGCGGCAAGGGCUCCAUCUUCGUCUGGGCCUCCGGUAACGGCGGCCGCUACGUGGACAACUGCAACUGUGACGGCUACACCAACAGCAUCUUCACGCUGUCCAUCUCCUCGGCCACGCAGGGCGGGAAGAAGCCGUGGUACCUGGAGGAGUGUGCUUCCACCCUGGCCACCACAUACAGCUCCGGUCUGCCGUCCCAGGACAAAUCGAUCGCCACCUGCGACCAGGACGCCGCCCUCCGGCCCAAACACAUCUGCACCGUGUCACACACAGGUACCUCGGCGUCGGCUCCGCUGGCCGCCGGUAUCAUCGCGCUGACGCUGGGAGCCAACCCCAACCUGACCUGGCGGGACAUGCAGUAUAUUACGCUGAUGACGUCUCGGCCGGAGCCACUGGCGCACGAGCUCGGCUGGCUCACCAACGGUGUCGGACGGAAGGUGAGCCACAAGUUUGGGUACGGCCUGAUGGACGCUGGAGCCAUGGUGGACCUGGCCAGGCGGUGGCACACUGUGCCCACACAGCACAUCUGUAUCACCCCUCUGGACAGCCGUACUCGCCGAAUCCCACCCGAGGAGGGCGGCGAGCUACACACAUCGAUGGAAGUGAACGCGUGCCAGGGCUCGCCGCAGUCGGUCAACUUUCUCGAGCACGUGCAGUGCAAGGUGACGCUGACACACGUGCCGCGCGGCGGCCUGCGCAUCCUGCUCAGCUCUCCGUCCGGCACUGUCAGCACACUGCUGUUCGAGCGGCCGCAGGACGUGCUGGGAAGCAGCUUCGACCGCUGGCCCUUCAUGUCGGUGCACUUCUGGGGCGAGCGACCCGAGGGCGUCUGGAACCUGACGGUGGUCAACACCAAGGCGGCAGCGUCGGCGGGCACCUCCAGUUCGGACAGCGUGCUCAAGGAGUGGCAGCUGAUCCUGUACGGGACCGAGCAGGAGCCCGUCCACCUGACACCGGCCGAACAGGGCACCGGCAGUGACGCUGGCGCCGGCCACUCUGCCGUGGUCAGUCGCAGCGAGGACUCGUCACCGGGCGUGUACUGCAGUCGCAGCUGUGUGCUGGCCUGUCAGAGUCAGCCCGCAGCCGAUAUGUGUAAACGGUGCCGCGACCACUAUAAGAGCCCGUGUCAGCGCUGGUGUGACCCCGGCACGUACUACGGCGGCGAGGCGGGCUGUCAGCCGUGCCACGCCACGUGCGCCACGUGUCUGGGCCGGCUGGCCAACCAGUGCAUGGACUGCGCGGCCGGCCACUACCUGAUCGCCGACCUGAGCGUGUGCGUGCCCGCCUGUCCGGACGGCUACUUCACAGCGAACGAGACGUGCCAGUCGUGCGGCCCGCACUGCACGGCCUGUGACGGCUCUGCCAACCACUGCGUCAGCUGCGCGCCGCACCUGUUCCUGCACAACAGCCAGUGUGUGGCCUCGUGUCCGGCCGGCACCUACCGGCUCCAGCAGAGGUGUGAGCGUUGCGCCGACGGUUGUAUGACGUGCAUCGGUCCGAACGACAACAACUGUGUGCUGUGUCGCCGGGGCCUGUUCCACUUCAACGGACAGUGCGUCAACUCCUGCCCGCCAGGCACGUUCGGGGAGGCGGUGAGCGGCGAGUGUGUCGCCUGCUGGCCGGGCUGUGACGAGUGCAGCGGUCAGCGGGCGUGUCGGCGCUGCGCCCGCGGCUGGCUGCCGAUCCGCGACGGCACCUGUCAUCCGGAUAAUGGACCCUGUCCUGAAGGGGAGUUUUACGACGGCGAGUCGUGCGGCCGGUGCCACCGCAGCUGUCUGGCCUGCACGGGCCCCAUGGCUGUCGAGUGCUCGCGCUGCCAGCCGGCCUCCGUCCUGCACAACGGCCUCUGUUACGCCGAGUGCCCGGAGGGCUGGUGGGCCUCGGACGGCGUCUGCCGGCGCUGCCACCACACCUGUCAGGACUGCAGCGGCCAGCGCGGCUGCACAGUCUGUCAGCAGGACCUGCUGAUGCACGGCGACACCUGCGUCACCGCCUGUCCCGUCAGGACGUACCGGGCUCUGGACGAGUGUCUGCCCUGCUCGCCGGGCUGCGUGCGGUGCGUCGGCGGCCGCGCGGACGAGUGUGUCGCCUGCGGAGAGGGUCUGCUGCUGACUGGGGGUAGCUGUGUGUCCCGCUGUCCGGACGGCCAGUUCGCCGCGGGGGAGGUCUGCCGGCGCUGCCACCACUCCUGCCGCACGUGCACAGGCGGCGGUAUGACGGGCUGCACCUCGUGCGCCCGCGGCUUCCAAAUGCGGCCCGCCGAGCGCGCGUGCGUGCCGUGCGCCGACCACGAGUUCUACUCGCCACGGGACGCCACGUGCCGGACGUGCCACCCCUCGUGCGCCACGUGUCACGGCGCCGGCCCCGAGAACUGCACCUCGUGCGCCGGAGAUCUGCACCUAGAGAAGCAGCGCGGUCGGUGUGUGCCCUGCUGUGACAGACACCGGCCGCUGCCCGAUACCGACUCGUGCUGUACCUGUGACCCGUCCGGAGAUCACUGUGUGCGGGGCACCUGGCGGCGCACGGCCGGGCCAGAGUUCCAGCCGCUGGAGCCGGCGACCUCCGACGGCACAUUCAGCUGGUUCUACGUGCAGGCGGUGGGCGGGUGCGCCGCCACGCUUCUGCUGUUCGUACUCAUCUUCUUGGGCCUACAGUGUCACGGCCGUGGUCCUCGCCGAGCUCCGGUCCUGGAGCUCACGGAAAACGAGGAGCGACUCGCGCUCACCGAAUACCAAAACGAAGACAACCUGGACGACCUGAGUGACAGCGAAGAGCAUCUAGUUGUGUUCGACACACGGACUUAGCGCUUGGUUUCCUGGGCGUCGGCCGGUGCUCGGUCUUGAUGCUGCCUCUAACGAGAGUAUUUUUGUACAGCAUCUUGUGUGCCAUACCCGACCUUGGCGUGGGUUGAGAGGUCGGCUUCGCUAUCAACAGUUAGCUCUUAUCUAGCAUUUUCUGUGAUGGAACCUGUGAAGACUCAUCGAAGUUGCAUUUGUGAUGCACUGUGGUUCUCGUUUUGAAUUCGCCAGAGUGCUGCUUUUCAUCGUGGUUGAUGUUGAUCCUUGUCUAAACUUUUUUUUGUUAUUCUGAUAUGAAAAGGUGCUCAGAAGGGCGGAAUGCAUUCCAUCGAAACUUUCCGAUGCUGGGGAAAUAUGCCGCUCACGCAUUCGCUGAAGCUCUUAUCGGAGCGGUAAUGCAUAAUCUAGCCAGCCGGGUUUAUUGAAUAAUGGAUGAUGAUGCCGCUCUCAGUUUGUUGGUUGGCCUCGUCGAUGAUGUCUUUGAUGCGUAUCGGUCUGUGUUGUUUGCAAUGUGGAGUGCCGAAUGUCGCUGCGUGAAAGAGAAUCGAAGUGGUUUUAAUGAUGUUUCGGAAUGCUUGAUUUGAUUAGACCAACGUGUGCUGCCCGCUUGCACUUAUAUAUCCCACCGAGUCCGGCACUGUGCCGCUCUUUGACGCUGGUCACGCAUGAUGGUGCGUGUUGUGAUGUGGCAUUGACGAAUGAUCCUUAAUUAUCCUGUGUUCUUAGAAGUGCCAUAUUCGCCGAUAUGUCUUGAUCUGACAGGUGCUGAAUGUUCAGCCGCUCCCCGUCUCCCUCUACGUCUCUCUGUCUCCUCUCGGUGUCUCUCUGUCUCCCUCUGCGUCUCUCUGUCUCCCUCUGCGUCUCCCCGUCUCCCUCUGCCUCUCUGUCUCCCUCUGCGUCCCUCUGUCUCCUCUCGGUGUCUCUCUGUCUCCCUCUGCGUCUCUGUCUCCUCUCGGCGUCUCCGUCUCCCCCGCUCUGUCGCCCUCUGCGUCUCUGUCUCCCCUCUGCGUCUCUCCGUCUCCCCUGCUCUGUCUCCCAGUGAGCGGCUUACUGUGAGCACCCGCCGCCUAUCCCGAUGAUUGCGUCUGUCCGAGAAGGAUAGAUUUGCCGGCCGGCCGGCCAGGUGAACGGUAAUGCUCAGAUUACCUGCCCGGGGCGGCCGCCGCGCGGACGGACGCCUCAUGUGUGCGCCGGCCUCGGCUUCGAUCACAGCGAUCGUGUGCCCGGCCGUACCACUCGUGCGUCCUUGGUGAAUCGUCGGGGCCAGUGUCGUAUCUAUAUGUAUUGUGACGUGAAUGGAAUACUGUUCUCAUGGGAAACUAUAUACGCUGAAUAUAUGCGUUGUGAUUA